AUGGAGCUAAGACUGGAGUUUAAAGCGCAGACAGAGAUCUAUGUGCAGGUAACAGCCUCAGUGCUCGAGAGCCUGAUUGCCAAACGGACUGAAUACUGGGAGAACUGCAACACAACUCUGGAAACCAGUGCUCUCUCAGAAACUGGAAUCUACUGUAAAGGAACUUUUGACACAUUUUUGUGUUGGCCCCAUUCAUCUCCUGGAAACGUGUCCGUCCCCUGCCCUUCUUACUUACCAUGGAUCAGUGAGGACGGCUCCAGGAGGGCACACCGAGAAUGUUUAGAAAAUGGGAGAUGGCGACGGAGAGAGAAUUCCUCAGAGCCGUGGAGGGAUGACUCCGAAUGUAAGGAGGACCAUUACUUCAAAGACAAGGAGGAUGAAAUGCUUCGCCACACGGCCCUCAGGCUCAUCUCUGUCAUUGGCUAUUCCCUGUCCCUGACCUCGCUCACCCUGGCUACGCUCCUGAUGGCCAUGUUGAG